AUGAGCAAAGAAAAAGUUCUACUAGCCUACUCAGGUGGUUUGGAUACGAGCUGCAUCCUAAAGUGGUUGCUCGAGCAAGGCUACGAUGUGAUCUGCUUUAUGGCGGACGUCGGUCAAACUGAAGACUUUGCAGCGGCACGUGAUAAAGCACUUAAAAUCGGUGCCGUCGAUGUGGUGGUGAAGGACAUGAAGGAUUUCUUUGUGGAAAAGUUUGUCUGGCCCGCGGUACAGAUGGGUUUAAUUUACGAGGAUCGCUACCUGCUCGGCACUUCCCUGGCCCGGCCAUGCAUUUCCAAGGGUUUGAUGGACGUGGCGGCACAGCGGGGCUGCAACUACAUAUCGCACGGUGCAACCGGUAAAGGUAACGAUCAGAUUCGUUUUGAACUGAGCUGCUACGCACUGCAUCCGACGAUUCGCGUCAUCGCACCGUGGCGUAUGGAAACGUUCUGCCAACGCUUUCAAGGUCGUUCGGAUCUGCUCGAGUAUGCGAAGCGUGCGAACAUACCGGUAAGUGCUACCCCGAAAGCACCCUGGUCUAUGGAUGCUAACAUUAUGCACAUCAGCUACGAGUCGGGCAUCCUGGAGGAUCCGUCCGUGGAAGCACCGGAAGAAAUCUAUCAGCUAACGCAAUCACCAUCCCGUGCUCCAGAUACACCGACCGUGGCUGAGAUCGUGUUUAAGGCGGGGCUGCCGGUACGCGUCACGGAGCUGGUUAGUGGACGAACGAUGGAGAAACCGUUGGACAUACUGACCUUCCUGAAUAAAGCUGGCGGUGAGCAUGGUGUCGGGCGUAUCGAUAUCGUUGAAAAUCGGUACAUCGGACUGAAAUCGCGCGGUGUGUACGAAACGCCCGGUGUAACAGUACUGCACUGUGCUCAUCGGGAUUUGGAGAUUUAUUGCUUGGAUCGUGAGGUGCUGCGGGUUAAAAAGUAUCUUGCCGACCGAAUGGCGGACUACGUGUACAACGGUUACUGGUACGCACCGGAAGCUGAGUACGUGCGAAAGUGCAUUAUAGAAUCGCAGAAGCACGUUUCCGGGAAGGUGGUGGUUCAAAUGUUCAAGGGUCAUGUAAUGGUCACUUCCCGAGAGUCGAUAAAUUCUGUAUACAACCAAGAACUGGCCUCGAUGGAGGUGCAUGGUAAUUUUUCGCCCUACUCGUCAACAGGUUUCAUUGAGAUUAAUGCGGUUCGAUUACGAGAACAUCAUCGAGUGUUUGGAACGGCCAACAUGACCAAGCACUUUUCGCGUACUGAAUCUGACAUGAAACUGAUUUAA